AUGGCGGACUUCGAGAGAAGUAUUGUCACUCACUACAAUCUGUCUACGCCUUAUCCGGUAGAAUGGCCGGCUGAGCUUGAUGAAAGCGACGAAGAGGCAGCACCGGCCAAUCAUCCCAGCGCAAGAAAGUCUAAAUCAAGGUAUUCUGCGUUGGAAAGGAGUGCCAGUGAUCGCCGAAGUGUGAUUCCUGGCUCUCAAAAGACGGGUGAUGGAAGGGCGAACCUGGUUCAGAAGGACGAGCAAGAUCCCCUAGGCGGCACAGACAGUGUUGUUGCUGUAUUGAAGCAACGUGGGUUACCUGUUGACGAGGAUGCACGAUUACGAAAUAAGUUCCUGCUCUCUUCGACGACCUUUUCGCCAGGCCUGUUUCUGUCUCAGACGCAUUCCAAUGCGUCAACACAAUCCUUGCUUCAGGGUCUGGACUAUCUGACAAGGUCUAUCGAUCAGAAAUCUGCGUCUCUGAAGGUUCUGGUGGAAUCAAACUUCGAGAGAUUCGUACGGGCGAAAGCAACCAUCGAUAACGUCUACACAGAGAUGAAAAAUCAAGGUACCGAGACUGAAACCGGCUUGACUUCCCCACCCCACUCUCGACACGUAAGUCGUUCAAGCGGUCACUUUAGGAACUUCAGCAGCGGUAGCGCAGCAGGCAUGUCGCAGCCAUCUAAACCACCGCCUAGCAAGAACGCUCUUAGAAAGGAGAGCGAGUUCGGGGUGCAAGGUAUCAAGACGCCACUGCUAGAAGUCUCACAGAAGGCCGAGGAUGUCUGGGGUCCAGCGCUUGGUGGUCGUCAACGCGAGGAAAGGUUGAAAUCAAUUGUGGAUGCUGUGCAGCAAGAGCGAGAGAUCUACGAGCUUGGCGCAAAUCUUUCCAAGUCUAUAAAGCAAAAGGACUAUGAAGCUAUUGUUGAACGGUACAACUCAGCUCGCAACUAUUCAAAUGACGCCAGAGCUGUUGCCGAAAAGGCCGUCAACGGUCGACAGGCAUUGACAGAUGAUCAGAUUCACAAAAUUCUGGUGACUGGCCGCAUGUGGACCAAUGUGGAAACGCAAGUGAAAGCUUUAAAAAGAGACAUAUGGCGGCGACUGAGCAACGUCCAAUCAGUGCUUCCAGUUGCAGGACCAGGGCAGACAGAAGAGCACAUGGAAUUGAUUGGGGUUCUUCUCGAGCUGGGUGUAGAUGAUAAUCCUAUUUGGGUAUGGUUGUUGAGCCGAUACGACUACUUGAAGACCAAAAUUACUGGCAUGUCGGAGAGAUCCAAAGUUGAGAUCGAAAUCUUGCGACGACGGCUAGCAGCAUCUGAGGCUACACCUCCACCAGCCACAGCUUCGUUUCUAAGGCAGGCUGUUCGAGACAAUCCAAGCGCAAUAGACACAGAACAAGUCAUCGAAAUGUGGGAGACUAACCUCGCCUUCUUAACCAAAUUGUUGUCUCUCUCUAGUGGCCUGCUCGGCGAGGUAAUGGAGUUCUGGGACUCAACACAGUCUUUCAUCGAUGGUCAAAAACAGAGCACCUUACCUACAGGCUUUGAAGGCCAAAGUCGCAAGCAUCAUAGGCUCUCAGAGGCAGGAGUCAAAGAUUUGCAGAAUGGUGCUAUUGAUUUGGUCAACCUCAUUCGAGACGCUGUUUUUUCCUUGUUCGCAGAUGCUCCAAUCGAAGACAUCUCCCUUCUGCUUUCUCCCUUCCCACCAAACACGCCUAGUACGCCGCUCUCAGCUGCACUAUCACCCGGCGAAAGCCGAUUUGGCAGAAUUGAUCCGCAGACUCUGCCUCCACCAUCGCCGAAGCGUGGAGAACCUUGGGAGGAUUUUGCAUUUUGGCCGCCACACUCGAACUCGCUCAGUGCUGUUCACUAUCUGAGCAAGCUUCUAAACCUAGUGGGAACAGCCGCAAGUGAGAUGACCUCCCUGAGCCCCAUCAAAGCUGGGAGCCACUCGUAUGAGAAGAUCAAGGCCAUGGUGGGCGCAGCUCGGGAAAGAUGUGUCCGCGCUGUUUGUGAUGCUUGGAAUAAGGACGCUGAAAGUUGCAGGAACCUUGAAGACUGGACGCGAAGUCCGGAGAACCGCGAUCAAACUAAGAUGCCAACGCUUUUCGUCGGUUUCGAGAAGACCAUCUUACUAGGUCUACAGAAGAUUCUAUACUUCUCAGAGACACAAACGAAAGCUGGCACUGGCGAGGUAAUAACUCCACCGCCGGCCAAGCUGCUGCAGAUGGUGAAGACACAGUUCGUCACCAGUGUAUACAAAGCUCUCAGUGGUAUGGUCGAGAAUGCGGAGAAAGCGGUGAGGGUAGAUGAGGAUGACUGGAUUGUUGUGACACCAGACAUGAUCAGUGCCAACGCGGAGAAUAUUUCCAGUCUUCCAAUAGCCUCUGACACGAUCGAUGCCUCUAGUCGCAACGUCCGUAUGCUGCUGACUUUGUCAAAUCUUAAGGCUCUGCGCAUCGACCUUGUGCCUCAACUGGUCAACUUGUUCGAGUCCUCCUUCUCUGUCAAGCUUACAGACGAGUCCAAGACUAUCCGUGAUGUGCUCGGCCAAAUUGACGCCCGUCUCUUCCAAUCUUAUACUCUGCCCACGAUCUUGACCCUCACCAAAACCAUCAAAGACGGUAUCAACGCGCCGGACUGGGCUCCUGUAUCAAGUCCAACUCAAGUCCGUCCGUACGUGUACACAACAAUGCUUACACUUGUGAUGGUCCAUACAGAAGUAUCCACCACCGUGUCCACCCCCUCCGCCACCACAACAACACCAUCAUCAGGAGUCGGUAGCCCACCGGCACUCCUCUCAGAAAUCCUAUCCUACCUCUUAGAAGCCGUCUCCACCGCCCUACUUGAAGCAUUCUCCAACCGUAAGCCCGAAAAAUACACCUUGCCUGCAUUGAUGCAAGCGACGCUCGACACAGAAUUCAUUGCGCAGACCAUGAGCCAAUAUGCUACCAGCAAAGCGAGUGACACGCAAUCUGAGAUCUAUCAAGUGCUAGACAAGCGGACUAGCAAUGAUGCGAGGGCCAAAUUGCAGCAAGAGCUAGGAGAGAUGAGAAUCACCUUGAAGAAGUUGAGAGACGGUAGUAGAGGGAGUUUUGGUUGCUUCAAAAGACAGAGACAGGAGAGAGGAAGGCCAGAAAGGAAGGCCACUGAGUAA